UAUAAAUUCCCGGCAAAUGCCAAAAACCCACUCUUCUCCUUCACUACUUUUUCUCCCGAAAAAAAAUCCCCAACCCUAGAUUCAGAUACCGCCAUUUUCUUCUCUAGCGUGCCGGAAUUCAUCGGCGCCAGAAUAGAAUUCAUCAAAGGUUCUGCUUAGAACGAUACCAUUUCCUCCUGAUCCGCUUACGAUCGCCAUCGACAGUUGUUCUUAUUCGUCGAUUUCUCAUUAGCGGCGGCGGGGGAACUCAUAGCCUCAUCGGAGCAGCUGCAUUAUCUCGUGAUCGCUCUGCGAACAAUUCAAGAUCUGGCGCACCAGGUUGCUCGACAAGGAGAAGGAAGCGGUGGAGAUGCUGAGGAAGCCAACAAGUCCAGUCAAAGUCUUGAACAAGGCCACGAGAGAAAGAUCAGACACAAGCGUUCAUUUGCUAGUAAGGGAAAAGGUUAUGAUGUGGUUUCGAAAGCCAAGGUCACCGUGUGUUUUAUUUCUGCUUUCUACUAUAUGUGCUGCAGCAGCUAGCUGCUGAUUGUGCAACGAUCUUCUUCUCCCAUGCUAACUAUACUAUAUUUGGAGUGUUAAAUUGUGCA